AUGGAAUUUGCCAUAUCUGUAGUAACAAAUGAGCUCGUGACCCGAUUCAUCUCCUUCCCCACCAACAGGUAUUCAUGCCAUGCAUGCUCUGACGAGAAGCGUCUGCAGAGGCUGCAGCGACUGCUCCUUAGAGUUCACACCGUCGUCGAGGAGGCGGACGGGCGGUACAUCACCAACUCUGGGAUGCUGGUACAGCUCAAGAUGCUCACGGACGCCAUGUAUCGAGGAUACUGGGCGAUGGGCGCGUUCAACUACGGAUCCCUCAAGGAGACUCUUAUGGCGGAUGAGGAGGAGGAGGAGGAGGUUAGCAACACAUUAUUUCAUCUCAAACGUUCUUCAUAUAAUUCAUGGGAGUGCUAG